CUGAGAGCCAAGAGGCGACCCCGGGCUGGGGGUGUGGACGGGGGCGGCCCCCCGGGGCCGGAGCCGCCUCAGCCCCAUGAAUAUGUGAUGGGGGAGGAAGAGCUCCGGGGAGCGUGGCUGGGAGCCGCCCCCUUCCCUGGGCGUGGGCAGGGGCCGGGCCGGGGCGCUCCCUGCCCACGGGCGGGGCCGGGUUCGCCGGGCUCGGCAGAACCACCGCGGAUCCCGGGGGCGCCUCCGAGCCGGGCCGGCGGAUUCGGGCACGAGCGAGUGGGGGGCCCGGGCCGGGGCCGGGGAGAGGCGCCGCGUCGCCCGGAGCAUCGAGAUGCAGCCAGCUCUGGGGUGGAACGUGGCCGCACGUCACAAAGCUAGGAAGAGUCCCGUUGCCCGAGGGAACUGAGAGCGUUCAGGCAGGCUCCGUGAUGGCGGACGACCAUGAAGGGGACCAAGCUGCUGACGGUGGCCUUGGCCCUGCUGACGCUGCUGGCCCUGAAGGCCUACAUGGACUGGAGCUUGGAGCAGCCCGAGGGCCUGCCCCACCCUGAGCCCGCCGGGGCCACCACCCCCCUCCCGCUGGCCGAGCCGCUGGGGGACGACCCGGUGGGGCUGCUGCUCCGUCUCAACGCCUCGCUACGGCGGCUGCGCGGCAGCGUGCCCGAGGCGGACGCCUACUGGAACCGCCAGCAGCACGGGCUCUUCCGGGCGCUGGAGGGGGGCCCGGCCAACAGCACGUGGGGCUGCGGGGACGGGCUGGCCGCGGCGGCCGCCAUCAGGGACUUCGCCUCGUACCCAGAACAGCAUCAGCGCUUCGUGCUGCACGCCGAGUGCCGCAGCUUCCCGCUGCUGGUGAACCAGCCCCGCAAGUGCGCCGGCAACCGGACCUUCUUGCUGCUGGCGAUCAAAUCCGUGCCAGGCAACUUCGCCGCCCGCCAGGCCGUGCGGGAGACCUGGGGCCGGGAGGGAGAGCCCGGAGGGCAGGCGGUGCGCACCGUCUUCCUGAUGGGCGCGGCCCACGGGCCGCACCAGCCUGACCUGCGGCACCUGAUCGCCUACGAGAGCCGGGUCUACGGCGACGUCCUGGUGUGGGACUUCGAGGACACGUUCUUCAACCUGACCCUCAAGGAUUUCCUCUUCCUGGGCUGGGCGCUGGCGCACUGCCCUGACGCCCGCUUCGUGCUCAAGGGCGACGACGACGUCUUCAUCAACACGCCGCGGGUGCUGGCCUUCCUGGGGCCGCUGACCGGGCGCCGGGCCCAGACACUCUACACAGGGCAGGUCAUGGCCAACGCCUCCCCCUUCCGCCAGGCCAACAGCAAGUACUACAUCCCCGAGUCCUUCUACGCCGGGCCGUACCCGGCCUACGCCGGCGGGGGCGGCUACAUCUUCUCGGGCCGCCUGGCCCCGGCCCUCUUCCUGGUGGCCCAGCACCUGGCCUUCUACCCCAUCGACGACGUCUACACCGGGCUGUGCUUCCAGGCGCUGGGGGUGCGGGCCGAGGCCCACCCCGAGUUCCAGACCUUCGACAUCGCCGAGAAAGACCGGGCCGACCCCUGCGCGCACCGCCAGCUGCUCCUGGUGCAUCGGCGCAGCCCCCAGCAGACCGUGCGGCUGUGGCGGCAGCUGCAUGACCCCCAGCUGAAAUGCUGACCGGGGGGGGCUGAGCCGGCCCAGAACGGGCCAAGCGGAAACAUGGGCUCGGCUCUCUGCCACCAGAACCGCAAAUUCCCUCCCGUUGUGUUUCCCCGGCCCCCCAGCAGCGAGGCAGGCGCAGGGCCAUGGAACUGGGCGGGAGCUGUGUGCGCCCGGGGGCGGGGGGGCACUGCCCUGUCGUUCCCAGACGGGCCAUUAAAGAGUGGCUGGCAGGA